GCUAAGAUCGUCUUUCGUCUUCGGUUUUUCCUUCCUUGGCAGUUUUCUCUCCUCGUCACCUGCCUGCCCCAUAGUCGAUAAUGGCUCGCACGAAGCAGACGGCUAGGAAGUCUACUGGGGGCAAGGCCCCUCGGAAGCAGCUGGCCACUAAGGCGGCACGCAAGUCGGCCCCUGCCACUGGUGGAGUGAAGAAGCCGCACAGGUAUCGCCCCGGAACGGUUGCACUCCGUGAGAUUCGCAAGUACCAGAAGUCGACUGAGUUGUUGAUCAGAAAGUUGCCGUUCCAGCGUUUGGUAAGGGAGAUUGCGCAGGACUUCAAGACCGAUCUCCGUUUCCAGAGCUCGGCUGUGCUCGCGCUUCAAGAGGCUAGUGAAGCUUAUCUGGUUGGUCUCUUUGAAGAUACCAACCUGUGUGCCAUCCAUGCGAAAAGGGUGACCAUUAUGCCAAAGGACAUCCAGCUGGCGAGGCGUAUUCGGGGAGAGCGUGCUUAAGAUGCUCUCACUUGAGAUUUGGCCAGCUUGAGUGUGUUGGCUCUUUUCAAUGGUGUAUUUAUACACCACCAAUGUUGUUUAGACAUCUGUCUUCUCUCCAAGUGUGCUCGUACCAUGACGUCCCUUUGUACAGCCUCAGGUAUGCGUGGUGGUUUCUUGUGUAUUUCGAGUGAGGUAAGCAGCGUGAAGAUGCGAGGGGAUUCAUGUUCUGCUCUGACGGUUUGCAAUGAAGAUGGGAGGGGAUUCGUGUGCUAAUCAGACGUUAUGCAUUGAAGAUGGGAGGGUAUUCAUGUGCUCUUGUUUUUCGACUGUUCGAUUGUAGCUAAGUCUCUGGGCCUUGGUGUCGUGGUGGUUUCGUGUGUAUUUCGAGUGAGGUAAGCAGCUUGAAGCGUGAGGGGAUUCAUGUUCUGCUAAUCUGACGCUAUGCAAUGAAGAUGGGAGGGGAUUCGUGUGGUAAUCAGACGUUAUGCAAUGGAGAUGGGAGGGUAUUCAUGUGCUUUUGUUUUGACUGUUCGAUUGUAGCUAAAUUUCUGGGCCUUGGUGUCGUGGUGGUUUCGUGUGUAUUUCGAGUGAGGUAAGCAGCUUGAAGAUGGGAGGGGAUUCAUGUUCUGCUAAUCUGACGCUAUGCAAUGAAGAUGGGAGGGGAUUUGUGUGCUAAUCAGACGUUAUGCAAUGAAGAUGGGAGGGUAUUCAUGUGCUCUUGUUUUUCGACUGUUCGAUUGUAGCUAAAUUUCUGGGCCUUGGUGUCGGUUUUCUAUUAUCGCUCGUAUGCCGAUUGAUCCGUUCGUUGCGGUGGAGUUUUAUGUUGUGGUUGUGGUAUGAGGUUACUUGUAUGAGAAUAUUAUGAAUACGAUGAACGAGGAAAAGAGGCGGUUGAGUAUGAAGGGAAGGCAUGCGGAAUGUCGGCGCGCUCUUGAGAUAAUACGUGGCAGGAAGGAGCGAAUGAAGAAGUAUGUCCUGUCGGGGGGGUGUGCUAGAGACAACACAAGCCAGUUAGCAGGGACGGUGUUGGAAGGCUCGUGAAUGACGGAGCUGGCGGAGGAAGCAGAGGUAGCUUUGAAUUGACAUAGUGACCGGACGGUAAAGAAGGCGUGUCGGGCGUAGAAGGACACAGAAGUGGGAGAUUGUACGAGGGUUUUGAAAGUCGAAUCCGAUACGGAUGACGAGGGUAUUGCGUUGGCAUUGAGC